UACAUCGCCAACACUAAGGGAACAAACUCUUCAGUACCUGCACUUCAUACGCGCACCUCCCCGUCCUUCCCCCACCCAACGUGGCUGCCUGUCAAGGCCAAGUUCACGCUUUCGACACUCAGGACCUCAUCGACGUCUACAUCCCAGACGGCCCUGAGACCAUCAUCCUCACCUGCAAGCAGCAGCCGUGCCCCAAUCGGACACUCUGGUCGAUCGAACAAGAUUACCCACACUACAAAGCGAUCAGAAGGGCCCAACAUCUGCUCGGUCCCCGCAGCACCCAUGCAUCUCAAUCUGCAUCCCGACACUCCCGCGCUGUCUCCCCCAGCUCCUGCCUUCCCCAAACUGUCGCUGGUCCAAGUCAAGCGCAAGGAGAUCUCCCUCCAGACCCUGCGCCAGAGCCUGAGCCUGAAGAGAGUGCGAGUGAAGAAGGAAUCUUGGAGU